CAGUGCAGGGGGGAGGCUGAGCUUCCUUCCUGUCAUUUAGCAGCGAUCCAGCCCCUCUCCUCCCAAUAGGGCUGGGGAAGGCGGCAGCAGGGAGAGGCGGCGACACCCGCUGGUGACAGACGAGCAGUGGUGGUGCUGCUGGUGGAGACAGAAGGAGCCUGUGAGGCAACUGCUUAUUAUAGACAUAUGCUGGGAACUUGCUGCAGGACGGGCUGGGCUCACAGGCAGGAUUUGUGCUGAGCAGCCCAGGACCCCGGGCGCCGGAUCCUCUGCUGCCGUCACCGCUGGAUUGCUGCGCCCCUGGGGACAUUUUUAAAGAGCCGGUGGGUGUGGGGGGAGAGUGAGGGAUCUCGAGGGGACGUCCCACCCCGGCCAGUGCACUCCAGCUGCGGGGCGAUGAGGCAGCGGAAAGGAUGAUCACACCUUGGCCACAUUCACUCCAGGAGAACCGUCCAGCCCGAUCCAGUGGGGAAGAUAUGAGAAAUGAGUGUUGGAAGGAGAAGACUGAAACUGGUGGGAAUCUUAAUGAUGCUAAAUUUUUUAAUUUAUGUCAUCGUUGAGGUGUCAAAGAGCGACGGCCAAGAAAAAACUGCAAAAGGACAGCUUCUGCUACCCCAUGGCAAAUUCUGGAAGAAGCGUUCGGCUAGCGCUGCCUAUUGGAAUAGAGAACAGCAGAAACUGGAUAGAUUGUACAAUCCAAUACUGAAUUUGCUCAACAAUGUUACAGUGGAGGAGUUGGUGGCUUCAAACUCGAGCCUUCUAAACUCGUGUGAAAUGGAUACAAUUUUGCAGUCCGAAAUAAAGGACUUUGCCAACUUACCUGACCGAUUCAAAGACUUCCUGUUUUAUUUAAGAUGUAAGAAUUACUCACUGGUGUUUGACCAGCCAGAUAAGUGUAAAGAUAAGCCUUUCUUGCUCCUGGCCAUUAAGUCCCUAACGCCACAAUUUGAUAGAAGGCAAGCCAUACGGGAGUCCUGGGGGAAAGAACUGAAAAUAAAUAAUAUGACUGUUGUAAGGGUGUUCCUUCUUGGAGAGACUCCGACUGAGGAUAAUCACCCCAAUCUUUCCGGCCUGGUUAAAUAUGAAAGCGAGACAUAUAAUGACAUCCUCCUUUGGAAUUAUAGGGACACAUUCUUUAAUUUGACUCUGAAAGAAGUUCUCUUCCUGAAGUGGGUAAGUCAUUCUUGUCCGGAUGUCCAGUUUAUCUUUAAAGGAGAUGACGAUGUUUUUGUGAAUACCCAUCAGAUCCUGGAUUACUUGAAGAUGCUGUCUGCGGAAAAAGCCAAAACUUUAUUUAUUGGGGAUGUAAUCAAGGAUGCUGGACCUCAUAGAGACAAGAAACUGAAAUACUACAUUCCCGAGACCAUAUACGAAGGAUCCUACCCACCAUAUGCGGGGGGUGGGGGCUUCCUAUACUCUGGUAAUCUGGCAUUAAGACUUUACAAUGCAACUUCUAGGGUCCUCCUAUUUCCUAUAGAUGAUGUCUAUACUGGAAUGUGCCUUCAGAAACUUGGGCUCGCUCCAGAGAAACACAAAGGCUUCAAGACAUUUGAUAUAGAGGAAAAACACAAAAAUAACAUUUGUUCAUAUUCAAACUUAAUUUUAGUCCAUCCUAGAAAACCUCAAGAAAUGAUUAAGAUUUGGUCCCAGUUGCAAGACUCUAGUUUAAACUGUUAGGAGGGGGGGGACGUGGAUGAGGUCCAUGCCUUGCAGAAUGAUUUAUAUUUUUGCACUGCUAUUGUUGUGAGGACUUGUGCCAUUAGCACAUGUCACAUUGAAUGUUCCCAAAGGCUGUGUGUGAAACCAGUCUUUGCUGGCGUGAAGACUGUAGAUAGAUGCAUCUUGUUUUCAUGUGUGUCAGCUUUUUUGGCUCUGUUUUUGUAAUAUCUCUUUUUGUUUCAGUUGGUUUUUGUUCUUGACGUAGUCCACCUUUUAAACGAUGUCUUGAAUUCAUUGUAUAAGCAUAUUUUUCAGACGCUUUUAAACGCGCACAUUUAAAAAAAAACAUGCACUUCACAUCCAUUUUAAUGGGAUCAAAGGCUUUUCGGGUCUUUCCUGGUCUGAUUGCUGUGAAGCAGUAGGAUUUGAAGUUUGAAUAAGACUCCGUCUCAUGAAGUAUGGAAGUCAUUGCUACGGAAUAACUAUAACCUACUGCUUUAUUUAAAGGGGCACGUAUGUUCCUUCAUAUGCACAACUAGGGUCUUGUUAAAACAAGUGAUUACUACGCUCCGUGUAUCAAUGCUUAUGAAUUUGCAUUUGUUCAUAUCAAUGUUUUUCCUGUUACAUCAAGAACUGUUACUCUAAACACAAAUUGUAUUUAUUUUUGGGGGAGAUAAAGUUGCAGUCUGGCGCAUCUUACUACGUCAUUUAUUUUUUGAAGGAAUUCUAUUUUCAGGUAUAUAAUAGGACCCUAAUGAGUCAGGGGGUAUUAGGGUAUUACUUUGCAAUGUGCAUGCUGUCCCCAAAGGUGUAGGUAGUGUGGGGUUAAGGGGGGUUUCUAUCACACUUGUAGCAUGAUUACUUGAUCCAGUUCUUCACCAGUGGCCUUUAUAAGUGUACUUGUCAUAAUAUUUAGUGGGAGUGUUAGAACAUAUCAAUAUAAUCUAGUGCCCUGCACGCCCUGGGUGUAAAAUAGCAGGCAAAACACUUUUUUGCCUCUAUAGCCAAAAUAUCUUGUGUUGUUGUGUUAAACUUUAAGCAAUCCACGUUAUUCCUGAGACUUCUGUUUUGUUUUUUUCCCUAUAAUCGUAUUUAAAAGCCUUUUUACAUAUACUUUCUAAAAAUGUGAUGUCUUUUACUUAAGAAUGACAAGAACUUGUUUGAACGAAAAAAGUGAAGGUGUUGCCUGUAGCAACCACACAGAUUCUAGCUAGCAUUUAUCUAGUGCAUUCUGAAAAAAAUGCUAGCUAGAAUCUGAUUGGUUGCCAUAUGACACACCUCCACGUUUUCCUUUUUAGAAGAUAUACUAAAUCUAUCCCUAAGUAAUGUAACCUCUGAUCAUCUACGUUUUACGAGACAACAAAAUGUUUAAAUCUUUUAGUAUAGAUUUUACUGUGGUCAGUACUUCCCCAAAUAAAGCGAAUACAUAAAUCAAAUCUGUAAAUUUUUUCGAUUAAUCAAGUAAAAAAAAGAAAACGUACAGUCCCCCGAAUUACAUUAUAUUUACCAAUGAUCCAUUGAAUCCCUCUAAGAAUUUUAUUUGUGGUUUAUUAAUUCCCAGAUGCUUAAAGGAACAUACCGCGUUGUGUAGUAGAGCCGUCAAUACAAUGUAAUAGACUACGCAUCUUGGGCCUCUAGCCCACAUAUUCACUGCAGUACACUGUUUGCCACAAUUCCAUGCCUCGUACACACCUAUAAAGCUGACUGCUUUUACGUUCCAUUGCGGAGAGGCGAAUACAAGAAGUUUUGAAAGAAAUGGAAUUGUUCAUAGAACUCUCUGCAGCUUGUUACACGCACUGCGAGCUAUGUGUGAUCUGCAGAGCUUCAGGCAUCUAACCUCAGAACUAGCACAGUUUCAAGGUCGAAGAAAUCUCACUCACCAUACGUCCAGUGAGAUUGAGAGGUUGUACUUGUUCUAAUGUCUGCUAAGACAUUUACGUAAGCUAUUCGCAGUUCUGUUGGAGUUUUAUUUGAGAUGUAUCAUUUACGUUAUGGAAUAUCGCCUUUUUAUGUUCUGUUCCAUUUCUUCUGUGUUUUAUGCAUUUACAAUAUAUGCAAAGCAAUGGUCCAUCUAUUUUGAUAUCUUAGAAAGUGCUGUUAUUAAUUGGGUCCAAAUAAAAUUUAUAUGAAAAUAAUCUGGUUUACCUGUAUGUGGUGAACAUUACGUUUACGGGGGCAUUGUGAAUUGGAAAAACGUGGUCUAGCCACUUUAUUGGAGCUAAAGGUGUCUGGACAGCAGCUGCAACCAACGAUAUAGUUAUAUAAUAGAAUACUAUGGUUCUACGGGCUAUUGGGUCAGACCAUACUGAGGCAUCCUGUGCCAUGCGAUGCACCUGCUGCAUUCACAUUAGCACCCGGAGUUGCCUUUUUAAGUACCAGAUACAUGUAAUUAUUUGCCGCAUGAAAAACGCACCUAAUGGAAGUGGCUUAUCCAAAAAUGGACGUCCUUUAAGGAAAAAAAAAAAUAAGUGUCUACGUCACAUUUUUGUAUUUAAAAGAAGUGGCAAAUUUGUCUGUAGAAUAAAUGUAUUGGUUCAUAGAAUCAUGAGUGGCAGGGCUUGCUGCACAGACGCAUUAUUUGUUAUCUAUGUGACCAGGUUUUAUGUUAUACCAUAUGAAAAUUUAAAUUUCUUAUCAAGUAAAAAAAAAUGCAUUUUUAACAAAUAUAUCUAUUUUUCUAUCCAAACCAAAUUGCUGUUUUUUUGCUGAAGGCUUCCAUGGUAGUCCAAAGUGUUUCCUAAAACAUAAGCUAUAAAAUAAAUGUACAACGUAGAGGGGUUUGUUUUGUGUUUUUUGUUUUUAUGUUGGCUGGUCCUUUUUGGCAAAAAAUAUUUUUUGUCUUUCUUUUUUAAAAGUUCCAAAUUAUAUCCUUUUGUGUGUAGCCGAUCAUUUUCCGUCAAAAUAUUUAUUAAUUUUUUUUAUCUUUUUUCCUUGUGUGGUUUUUUUUUUUUUUUUUUAAUUAGAACUACUGAACUCAUUCAAACCGCAUGGUUUAGGGGUGUAUAUUUGUUUGUUUUUUCUAUAUUUUUUUAAUUUAUCACAUUUUAACUUUAUUGCACUUUCCUAGAAGUUUUAUAAUGAAGUUAUAACUCUGAUUCUGAAACUUGAAGGAUUUACGUUGGUCCCGCUGCCUCCCCCUGUUCCCCUGAUUUAUUAAAAUAAUAAAGUUUUUAAAUGUCUCCAAUGUCAUUCUAGUUAGAAGUGCCUGUAAUUUAUUUAUUGAAAUGUUAAAAACCAAAACUGUUUCCUAAAUUUGUGUAUGCAACAUUAUUUGUACACAGUGUUUUCAGUUGAAUAUUUAACAAAACAUUAAUUGGCUGUAAGUUGGAACCUAGUUAAUAAAGCUAAUUAUUAUUAUUA